UGCUCUGUCUCGUACAGCACUUAUUACAAAUUCGAAAACAAUGACUCGGAUCUGGAUAUUAUUAUUGUCGUUAUGCAUGAAUUCAUGUCAUUCUCAAGAAUGGUCUUACAGUGGCGAAACAGGACCUGCCAAUUGGCACAAGAUGUACCCCACCUGUGGCGGCGAGAAUCAGUCGCCUAUAAGUAUACUUACGACGGAAGCAGAGGAAAUGGCAAUGUUGAAUUUUACAUGGACCGGGUUUGGGGAUGACCCACCCAACGGAGCUAGCAUGACCCUGUCAAAUCUUGGGACAACAGUGCAAGUGAACUUUACGGGUGAUUAUUUGAUAUCUGGCGGUGGUCUGACAAACACGUACAAAGCAACAAUGCUCCAUUUUCACUGGGAUGAGAAUGGUGUACACGGCUCAGAACACACUUUAGACGAAGUUAGGUAUCCAAUCGAGAUGCAUUUGGUUGGAUACGAUUUCGAAAAAUAUGACGAUUUCGAUUCUGCACUCUCUCAUCCCGAAGGUAUAAUUGUCGUGGCAACGUUUUUAGAGAUUACCAGCGAAGAUAAUCCCAAUUACAGCGAAAUGUUCACAGGGUUUAACAGCGUUACAUACAAAGGGCAAUCUUAUCAGUACCCAUCACCAUUCCCAAUAUUACCGAUGUUGCCCUAUAACACGUGGGAUUUCUAUCGUUACCAUGGUUCACUUACGACACCUGCAUGUGACGAGGGCGUUCUAUGGACUGUAUUCGUCCAGUAUCAGCAAAUUUCGCACGAUCAGUUCAGUAAUUUCAACACAUUGAUGUCAAACUUCGAAGGAGAAGAGAAUGUGCCCCUCAGCAAUAACUAUAGACCGGUGCAACCGCUGAAUGGUCGAUCUGUUUACAGGCGAAUCGAUGGGGAGUUGGCAUUCAGCAAAUCUACAGAAUUCAGGAUAAAUACAUGGAUGACCUGUGUUGCAGUUGUAUUGUAUUAUUGGACAACAUCGUUAUAG